AUGUCCAAAACCCCGGCGCCUCCGCAGGUCCUGGACAUGUGCGCCGCCCCAGGGUCCAAGACCUUUCAGCUGCUGGAGAUGCUGCACCAGGGCAGCAGCCACGGCCAGGCGCCGCAGGGCAUUGUGGUGGCGAACGACGCGGACGGCCAGCGCUGCAACCUGCUGACUCACCAGACCAAGCGCAUGUGCAGCCCCUGCCUGAUGAUCACCAACCACAGCGGGGAGAUGUUCCCCCGCAUGCUGGACCCCGCAGCGGGCCCCGCCGACGCCAACGCUGACGCGGCGGCAGGGGAGGAGGCGGCGGGCGAGGAGGAGGGCGUGGGCGACGGCGAGGGGGAGGAGGGGGCGGCGGCAGCGGGCGCCGGGGGCGGGCGGCGGCGGCGGGCGAAGCCGGCGCGGCUGCUGUUUGACCGGAUCCUGGCGGACGUGCCCUGCAGCGGCGACGGCACCAUGCGCAAGUCCCCCGACAUCUGGAACCGCUGGGGCGUGGCGGCCGGCAACGGGCUGCACAUGAUGCAGCUCAAGAUCGCACUGCAGGGGGCGCGCCUGCUCAAGGUUGGUGGCCGCAUGGUGUACAGCACGUGCACCUUCAACCCCAUAGAGGACGAGGCGGUGGUGGCCGACCUGCUGGUGCGGUGCGGGGGCGCGCUGCGGCUGGUGGACGUCGACGCGCAGCUGCCGCAGCUCAAGCGCAUGCCGGGGCUCAAGACCUGGAAGGUGCGCGACAGGUUCCAGUGGUAUGAGUCAUGGGACGACGCCGCGGUGGUGGGCAACAAGCUGUCGCCCACAAUGUUCCCAUCCCCCGAGAAGGCCGCGCUGCCUCUUGAGCGCUGCAUGCGGUUCCUGCCCCACCACAACGACACGGGCGGCUUCUUCGUGGCCGUGAUAGAGAAGGUGGCUCCCAUUGACGCCCUGCCGGACCCCGACCACAGCUUCCGCCUGCGGCCCAUGAGCGGGAUAGCAAAGGUCGAGGAGGGCGCGGAGGCGGGGGCCGCGGCGGAGCUGCGGGCAGCGGCCGCGGCGGCGGCGGAGUACGCGCUGAGGGGGAGCGCAGGAGGCAGGCGCGUCGCGCCCAUUGUUAUUGGCGGCCGGGUCAAGCACGGCCGAGCUCAGCCCUCGCAUUUCCAAAAUCGCUGA